GCGUGGUACCCUGACAUGUUAAUCGAGAAUGGAAAGAGAAUUUAGAACUAAGUGAAGUGCACAGUAGGUUGAUUCGGUGGGGCAAAGCAAAACGAUGGCUACUACUCUGCUCCUUGUCCUCUUUGGUUCUGUGUCCUUGGCACUUAGCGUACCACCCAUACAUACCCAACCUGAACAGGUGCACAUAUCUUAUCCAGGGGUGGAAGGCUCCAUGGUGAUAACCUGGACGACUCUCAGCGUGACAGAAAGUAUAGUGGAGUACGGCCAGUGGGGAAGAAAGAUGUUUCAGUUCACGGCCAAGGGAAACUCCACUUUGUUUGUGGAUGGCGGCAGAGAGAAGAGGAAGAUGUACAUUCACAGGGUCAUUCUAACACAGCUGGUACCAGGGACUGCUUACUUGUAUCACUGCGGAAGUGAUUCUGGGUGGAGUGACCUCUUCUACUUCACCGCCCUCAGGGAGACCUGGACGGACGGCCCCAGAUUUGCCCUGUUUGGGGACAUGGGAAACGAGAACCCUCAGUCUCUGGCCAGACUGCAGAAGGAGACUCAGGCAGGGAUCUAUGACAUCAUCUUGCACAUCGGAGACUUUGCCUACGACAUGCAUGAGGACGAUGGAAAGAUUGGUGAUGAGUUUAUGAGACAGGUCGAGUCCAUAGCCGCCUACGUGCCAUACAUGACCUGUCCCGGAAAUCACGAAGAGGCGUACAACUUCUCCCACUACAGGAACCGAUUUAGCAUGCCAGGAGACACGGAGAGCCUGUGGUACAGCUGGAAUGUGGGACCUGCUCACAUUAUUUCUUUCUCCACUGAAGUCUACUUCUACCUCGGGUAUGGUCUGGAGCUGCUCUUUAAACAGUACAGCUGGCUUAAGAACGACCUGGAGGAAGCUAACAGACCAGAAAACAGAGCCGUCAGACCCUGGAUUAUCACCAUGGCGCACAGACCCAUGUACUGCUCCAACGACGACAAAGACGACUGUACGAAAUUCGAGAGCUACGUCAGACUUGGACGCAAUGACACCACACCAGUAGCCCCUGGUCUGGAGGAUCUGUUCUACCGUUACGGUGUGGACCUGGAGCUCUGGGCUCACGAGCAUACUUAUGAGAGACUGUGGCCUGUGUACGGUUUUAAGGUCUUUAAUGGGAGCACAGAGGAACCGUACGUGAACCCGAAAGCUCCGGUCCACAUCAUCACAGGAUCCGCUGGGUGUCGGGAGAAGCACGACGGAUUCAUCCCAAAGCCGCGGGAGUGGAGCGCCUUCAGGAGCACCGACUACGGUUACACACGCAUGCAGGUGAUAAACUCCACACACCUGUACCUGGAACAGGUGUCUGAUGACCAGUAUGGUAAGGUGAUUGACAGCAUCAUGCUGGUAAAGGAACGACACGGCCCUGAGGCCUGGAAUUGAACGGGUGCGUGUCACGUCAUAGUCAAACACGUUUUCUCAGGAACUGCACUUUGAAACCUUAACCAACGCUGAUCUGCACUUUAGCCUUCUCUCGACAGAGUCCAAUCCAAAAUAUGCAGAAGUUGAACGGUCUUUCUCUUUUUCUUUGAAAGCCUUACAAGAAUACAUGUGUUUCGUAUUGGGAGUGGAGAUGGGUAUUCAGAUUUCCGAAUCCUGGCUAGACAGAUUUAGUGUGUUUAUUUCCCUGUAGGAAAUUAGGCCAGCCUGAUAUUCUGUCCCAUCAGUUCAACAGAGAGGAGUUUGCUGUAAGAUUAAAUCUUUCAUGGAUCGCAAUGAGAUCAAACCCUCAAUUAUAUCUGAUGAAAAUGUUGGUUUUUUGGGUUUUUUUUUUUUUAAUGAGGAGAAUACACUGAAUGUAAAUAUUCGUUUUGAAAACAUAGAGAAAAGAACUCUUUGUUUCCAUUUUUUUUUGUCUCUUUUUAAAAAUAUGUCUGAGCUAGGAUAAACUCCACAAGUGCCAACUGGAAAACAAAAUUUGAAAUCAAAUUAUUUCUAAAUAUGCUGUUCUGGAACAUUCCUUGUUAAACAGAUUUGAC